GGGAGAGAUAGAGAAAGAGAUUGAGAGCUUCCUCGGUGCGCGCGCGGCAGCACCGCUGCACCUGUUCGCGUGCGAGACUGGGGUUUUUUUCGACACGAAAAACGUGGGACCAACCAAAAAAAGGGCAAGAAAGAGAUGAAAACAAACCGAAGAGACGUGUGGCUUUCACCCAUCCAACGUUUCACACGUAAAUAUUGACGUCAGUUACAUCCGAAUACAUGAAGUGAAAGAGACUGCGGAAGAGAAAGAGAGAGAGAGAGAGAGAGAGGUGAAGGUUUGGCAAGGUAUACUCGCCCCGAUUUUCAACUACAACACAAACGUAAGCUCAUGGAGCUGUUUGGGACUUUAUAGACUAUUUUUCUCUCCUGGCGGAUCGAUUUGCGUUUUAUGACCUCUGUAAUAAGGCUUUAUGUCGUUGUUAAGGAUGAGACUGAUGUACAGUUUACUUCUGGACUUAUACUUCUGCAAUAUUAAGAGUGCUGAAUGCCCUGAUGGAGAUUCCAUGAGUGCCUAGAGAAGGAGGCUGACACCAAGGACUUCAACUGGAAUCGCAUUCUUUUUAGCCCUUGCUUCAUUCUAAUGGCGUUUUACAACCUGGGUUGAUUCUACGUUAAAGAAGGGAUGAGCACGAGACAGAAGCCUCCUGCUCAAGACUGUUCCGUAUGAAAGUGAACUCUCUUGUUCUAACAUGCCCAAAACUACUUCCUGAGUCUGCUCAGUAGUGAGGAUUGCUCCGAGAAACCGUGUGUUGGAUGAAGACGCUGAUCAGGACUGUGUUUGGCAGAUAAGACGUCUGCUAAGUGAUUGAGUUAUGUCUUCUCCCUCGCAGUCUGUGUGCUCACAUCAACCAUUUAGAUUCUCUGCAGCUACUCAUCAGUCAUCCCAGACCAAGAGAGGAGGAUAGGGAGAAGAAACGAUUUCAAGAAAGAGCAAGAGACCAGAGGGAUAGAACAGAUACGUGCACCAUGCAGUCCGACGACCUCUUCAUUCGUAAGUUCCGCCGACAGAGCCCACGUCCGACCCCUGUAUUUGAGCCAAAGCGGGUGGUGGUGGCCGAAUGGCCGCCCAGGAGGGAGGGUGAGGGAGCAGAGGUUGACACUGUGACAACGCCUAGCCGGGCAGGGCUAAGCCAGCGUGCAGUUGCUCGUGGACAUAUCAUGCAAAGGAGCAACAGCGAUGUUACUCUGGGAGACCUGGAUUCUGCAGCAAAGGCAGGAGCAAAAGCGGCCAGGUCAGCAAGUGAAAAGAGUGGGCAAGCAGGACAGGGCGAGUCCAGUAUAGUCCUCCACCGAGAAUACGGGAGUCUCUCCUCAUUAGAAAAGCAGACUCAACAUACCGAGCCCUGCACUGAGGAGCAGACCAUUCUCAGUCCUAAUGCUCUUCGCUUUAAAGAUCCAUUUUUGUUGCUUGGACUCCAGGAGCCACCAGUUGAACCAGACGGAUUUUUUCGCUCCUUGGAAUGCCCGAAACCGGCCAAGCCCCCCAAGCCUGAUGCUCUAAACAAGAAAUCAAAGUCAUCACCCCCUCACCCCUCACCAUGCGAUCAGACAGGUGCAUGGGUGCGCAACUUUGCGCAUUAUGAUGUGCAGAGCAUUUUGUUCGACUUGUGUGAGGCAGCCACAAGCCGAGACAGCGUUGGCCGCAAGAAGAACAUCACCUCAGGGGCAUCGGCUGCCUCGCAGCUCCGGCCUCUUGCCCAGGCCCCUCCUGCCUCACCCUCUCAAAGUCUGGGCAGUGGGACAGUAGGUACAAUGAGUGCCGAGGAACCAGAAUCAAGCCUCCUCGAUGAAGGAGAUGGCAACGACAAUGAUUUGCUGCUCAGCUGCCCACACUUUCGAAAUGAGAUGGGAGGUGAGGAGCGGGCCGGACUGGGCAGAAACCAGUGUUCUAGCGGACGAUGGAGGAGUCUGCAGAGUCCCAAUGAUGCCGUGUCUGUAUUAGAGGAGCCCAGAGAAAGCCAUGUUCAGCAACAGGGAAAGAGCAACUACUUUGUCGAGCACGCAGACCUGGGGGCACGGUACUACCACAAGUACUUCUACAAUAAAGACCAUCAGAAUUUCUUCGGCAUGGACGAGCGACUAGGCCCGGUAGCCAUCAGUUUCCGCCGCGAGGAGAAAGAAGGCUCCAGUGGCGCUCAGUAUACAUACAGGAUCAUAUUCCGGACAACAGAGCUCAAGACCCUGCGUGGCUCCAUUCUAGAAGAGUCUGUACCAUCCGCAGCACGACACACAACCCCAAAAGGGCUUUCUCCUAAAAGACUUCUGGAGUUCAUCCUUCCUGAUCUCAACCUGCACUGUUUGAGGCUUGCCUCUACAUCUCCCAAAGUCCGUGACACACUGCUCAAGCUGGAUGAGCAAGGGCUGAAUUUCCAGCGUAAGUUGGGAGUGAUGUACUGCCGGGCGGGACAGAGCACAGAGGAAGACAUGUAUAAUAACGAGAGUGCCGGGCCAGCAUUUGAGGAGUUCCUGGACCUGCUGGGAGAGAGAGUGAGACUAAAAGGCUGGGAGAAGUACAGAGCACAGCUGGACAACAAGACGGAUUCCACCGGGACACACUCUCUAUACACGCGUUAUCAAGAUUAUGAGAUCAUGUUCCAUGUUUCCACGAUGCUCCCAUACACCGCCAACAACACACAACAGCUACUGCGAAAGAGGCACAUAGGGAACGAUAUUGUGACCAUAGUCUUCCAGGAGCCAGGGGCGAUGCCGUUCACUCCCAAAACCAUCCGCUCUCACUUCCAGCACGUGUUCAUAAUCGUCCGAGUGCACGAGCCCUGCACAGAAAACACCUACUAUCGAGUUGCUGUUACUCGCUCCAAGGACAUGCCUCUUUUUGGCCCACUUUUCCCCAAAGGUGCACGCUUUCCACGUUCGCAGGCCUUCCGCGACUUCCUGCUCGCCAAGGCCAUAAACGCUGAAAACGCAGCUGAAAAAUCAGAGAAGUUCCGCUCAAUGGCCACUCGUACACGCCAGGAAUAUCUAAAGGACCUAGCAGAGAACUACGCCACCACCACACCUAUCGAUUCAUCCACCAAGUUUCCACUGCUGUCCCUGGGAGGCAAGCGCAAAGACAAGUUUAAGGGGGCUAAAGGAGCAGAGCUUCACAGUGCCGGCGCUCUUGUAUGGGCUGUGUAUGCCACACAGGAAGACGACGGCCACAAACUGGCCUGUCUGCUGGGCGUCUCGGCCGAAUCCGUGGUGCUGAUUGAGCGCUGCAGCAAGAGAGUCAUCUUCAACUGCUCCUGCCGUGACGUGAUUGGAUGGAAGGCGGUCACCGAGUCUGGCGUCAAGAGUGGGCCUUGCCUGGAUAUUUUCUACGAGAGGGGCGAGGCCGUCUCGAUUACAGUGUCCGAGAGCCAGAUGGAGGAUAUUAAAGAGGUGGUCCAGAGGCUUGAGCUGGUGACACGAGGUUGUGAGGCAUGUGAAAUGACCCCUCUGAGGGACAACACGGGUCAGCCAGGUUUCCUGAUGAGCGCAGAGGGCUUUGUGACGGAUGUGCAGCGCUUCGGUUACGCCGAGAGUGGAGGCCUGAAGCUGGGCGCUCGUGUGGUGAGACUCUGCGGCCAAACGCUCGUCCACCUCACCCAGGAUGAGAGAACGAGGCUCCUGCGUACAGCACCCAAAAUUCACAUCACCGUCAUCCCACCGGACAGGGAUGGCAAACCUCGAAGGAGCUUUUCUGAGCUUUAUCAGAAGUCUAUCCAAGACGCUGAAAGCAAGUCUGGCGAGGGACAUUUGGGCGAGGCCUGGGUCCUGGAGGAGCGAGAGGAAGAGGAGGACAGGGGUGAAGAAGAGGAGGGGAAAGAAGGGGAACGGGAGCAGGGUGAAGGAGAGGAGUCAGACAGCGUGACCCAAUCAGAUAGAAGGGAAGAAGAGGAGGGUAGAAAUCCAACCAUAAGUGACUUGCUCUCUCCACCAAACCUGUCUCUUCUUAGAGCUACAUCGCUGCAGGAUAAUCCUCCUUCACAGGCACUGGAAAUCACUCCCUCAUCUCUUACACGAAGCUACUCACUCGAGAGAACCCUGCCCUACCAGGACAUCUGUGAUGGUCAUGUGUAUGAUAACGUUGGGGUGAAGGUGAACAGGCAUAUCUAUGAGAAUCCCGGAGAGCUGAGUGACACGACCCCUGACCUCAUACUGGCUGUUAAACCAAAAGUUCCCCCGCAGGAAGAGGAACAGAUUGAGGAGAGACCAUCAGGGAGCGAGGCAAUUGUUCACUCAGCAUGUAUGGAGAGGAACUCCAGAGCAGAGAGGAACUCCAGGGCGUUGAGCAUCCAUCAUUCCAUCACCAAGAUUCUUUCAGAAACAACAGAUUCAUCAGAGGAGGAAUGGCAGUCGAUUUCUGACCUCGCCACAGCAUGCAGGAGUAUUCUAGAAGCCUUAUCACGAGAAGAUCGAAAGGCUGGUGAUGGCACUCAGGUAGGAGCUGACACAGUGUUGCAGACAGAUGGCAAGCUCAAAGAUUUUAAAGACAGUGACUCACCCAGUCACCUGGAGGAGAAGGUGUCCCAGUUGGAGGCCAUGCUGAAACGACUACAGGAUGACCUCCAAAAGGAGAAAGAGGACAAAGCCAUGCUGCAGGCAGAGGUGCAGAGUCUGAGACAGAACAACCAGCGGCUGCAGGAGGAGUCGCAGAGCACCGUGGCGCGUCUCAUCAAAGUCACCGAGCUGCUGUGCAAUGUCAACAAACCCUGCUAGUAUAACGGACCGGCAAGACACACACCAAUGACCAAUGAAGAUCAGCAACAAAAUGCUAGCAAGACACGAGCAUAGCAAUCCAGACAGACCUGCGAGACUCAGAGCCCAUGCAUAGACUCAUAUAGACCACUGAAGAUUGACACAAAGGUUAGCAAGACAUGACGACAAAAUCAUUUAGACAGAGCUGCAAAAGACCGACUGAAUCAUAUAGACCACUGAGGUAGCACAGAACAUCAUCCGGUGCCACCUGGUAGAUGUUUUCAACCUUGAAAGAUGUUGGCAUAUCCAAUUUAAAAAGUUAGCUAGCAGAACAGACAUCUCCUCGAAACCUGUAUAGACAAGCGUAGCUUUUUCAGCUGCUGUGUUGCAGCCUAGAAAACUCUUUACCAGUACUAAUAAUACAGAAAUCAGUCUGAGCAUACUAAUAACUUGCAUUUUACAGAGCCAGGAGCAAUACCUUGCGACCGUGUAUCAUCAAAAAUUAGGCCUUUUACUAGUACUAAGAACAACCAGUCCAGAGUUGUUGCAAGUGAGACAGUAAAAUGGGCACAACAGAAAACCAGUGACAUUAUUGAAAGCCAGAGCAGAGCACAAUCUUAACUGCAUGAUUCCUAUUUAACAAGUCCACACCCCAAAGUGUUAGCAUUUCAGCCUCAAAUGCUGACCUUUUCUAACUCUGAAUAAAAGCUAGCAGUGUCCAGUUAGCAUGACGAGCCAGUAGCAGCUUUUAUUCAUUGUUAGACAAGUUAGCAUCUUUUGGAAUGUGGCUUAGUUUGUGUCCUUCGACAUAUAGACAGGGCAUCAAUGUACAAUAGACAUUUAAAACAUGGCUGAGGAUUUGCCUACAUUUUUUGAAUACAAAGUUAAUCUCCCAGAUGAAUACAACAAUCUAGCAUCACUCUCAGUAUUAGGAAAAGUUAUGGGGCAUUUUAUUGUGUGGUAUUUGAUUAGUGUGAGUGUGUGUCUGUGAUUAUUGUGACUAUUAGUUAAUUUAUCCUGCAUUUUUAAAGAAGAAUUGAUCGCAUCAACCGUCUCAGACCUGCAAAAUUAUUAAGACCAGGGUUGUUAGGUAUCAAUGAAUUGAGCUACAUCUCUUAAUUUGUAUACCAUACACACAGACAUUGCAGUUAUAAGGAAUAUUGACCUGGCACCUUUUUUCUACAUUCACGACAAAUUCUGCAAACCUCAUAUUCAAGGACUGGCCUCUUUUUUUAUUUAAUGUAAGAUGACUAUUCAAACUACAAGCAAAAAAUGUAUAUAUAUAUAUAUAUAUAUAUAUAUAUAUAUAUAUAUAUAUAUAUAUAUACACACUGUAUAUGUAAACUGAGCAGGUGAAAACGCCUCCAGUAGCUACAAAUGACUCCACCUGCUGGACACGAAGGAAACUCCAUUACACUUUGACACUGGAACAUGGUGCUUGACCGCAGAUGAACAUUGACUUGAAAUAGAUUGGAUUCCUGCAUCUAAUUUAAUGACUGAGCCAUUUUUUAUGAUGAUGAUGAACUUUUAAAAAAGAGGCAAGCCAGUAAUAUCUGGGUUUAAUAAGUGACUUCUGGCUGAAGAUGGAAACGCAUAGACUGCUGUGUGUGCUGAGUUCUGGGACAUGUAUGUAUUAGGACUUUUCAUCCACCUCUUACCUCUUGAAGAUCCAGUAAUGAUGACAUCGCAAUCUGCUUUCAGAAAAAAGUGCGUGUGAAUUGUUGGCUCUGGAGAAAUCAGCUUGCAUUCAAGCUAAACUCAUCACAGCAAAUAUGUGUGUGUGUGUGUAACUCACACACACACACACACACAUAUAUAUAUAUAUAUAUAUAUAUAUAUAUAUAUAUAUAUAUAUAUAUAUAUAUAUAUAUAUACACAGACACACAGCCAGAACCUGGUCAAUAUUACAAUAUGUUGUACAUAGUCUUUUAUCUUCCUCUUGUAAAUUUUUUUUCUUUUAGCGUCACUGUGAUAAGCCGGUACCAGCAGAUUCUCAUAUAUGAAGAUGAAAUUAUAUCUUUAUGUCCACAUGAUGUACAGCUAAAAUGUUUCAGUGUUACUUCCGUCCGAAACUUUCAGCACUUCAGCUUCGUCUAACUAAAUCCGGCCAGUUUCGGUCAACUGUGAUCGGUGUGAUAAAAAAAAUAAAUAUUACACAACGGGUUUAAAUGCCA